CCAGCAGAGAGAGCAGGGCGAAGUGUAGUACUGAGUUCAACCUGCUGAACUCUCAAUCUUAAGCUUACCAAAGCACAUUUUCAGCAGGAUUUACCGAUUUUUUGAUGCACUGGCAACAACUGGGGAUCACUUUUGAACACUUUGGAUCAUUAUAUGUCCACCUGAAGAGAUGUCUACAGGGGUACACUAAAAACAAAAAGUCCCUGCAUUAAAAGACAUGGAUGCUUUUGAGGGAAUACACAGCGUCCGGAUUUCCUCUUCCCCACCGUCCUCAACAACAGCCAGCCCAGGAUAUGAGAUCCUCAAGGCGGGGAGAUCUGGAAUAGCUGUAUACUCCUCCACAUGCUUUUAUGGCACACCUGAUGUCCGGGGAGCGAGACACAAGUCCAGCAGGGAAACAGAGGAGGAAGGCUGUGUUGUUGGACGGUUGGUAGAUCUGGAUCCAGAGUCAGAGUCAAGAGUGGAGGGAGGAGGAGGCCAAGCUGUGCCCACCUCAGGCAGAGACCAUGGCGACCUCUCCCGGCUUCGUAGCUCCUCGUUGGAGAUCAGAGAGAAAGAAAUCAGAGAAAAGGGAUCAGAGAUCCUUCGGGAACAGCUGGACGCUGCAAAGAAGGAACUGAAACUAAAGGACAAGGAGUGCGAGCGUCUGUCGCAAGUCAGGAAUCAGCUGGAGCAGGAGCUGGAGGAGCUGACUGCCAGUCUGUUUGAGGAAGCUCACAAGAUGGUGCAUGAAGCUAAUGUCAAGCAGGCGGGAGCGGAGAAACAACUGAAGGAGGCUCAGGGAAAGAUUGAUGUUCUACAAGCAGAGGUGACGGCGCUCAAGACUCUGGUAUUGACAUCAACACCUUCUUCGCCAAACCGCCAGCUGCAUCCACAGCUGCAGUCUUCAGGAACCAGGGGGGCGUACAAACAUGUUGGGGGCCAUAUCCGCAACAAGAGCGCCAGCGGUGCCUUUCCAUCCUCACAUGGAAAACCAGAGCCUUCCUCAGUUCCCAUUCAGCCUGUGGCCAAAGAGGACAGAGAGAUGGACUCUGUUCUGUACGCUGAGUUUUUGAUGUGGAAAGAAAAUCCAAGUCUGGAGCGCUCCUCUGCCUUCCUCAGUCGUAUCUACAGAGAAGACAUCGGACCCUGCCUCUCCUUCACGAGAUCUGAGCUGUCGCAGCUGGUACAGAGUGCAGUGGAAAACAACUCUUUGACUAUCGAGCCUGUGGCCAUGUCAGCGUUACCGAUGGUUAAAGCCUCCGCUAUAGAGUGUGGCGGUCCUAAUGGCUUUAGGGCAGCAAUAGAGACAAAAUGUGCAUUAAGCGGCAUGUCACGCCUCUGCCGACAUCGCAUCAAACUUGGUGACAAGGGGAGCUACUAUUACAUUUCUCCUUCAAGCCGAGCACGGAUCACGGCUGUUUGCAAUUUUUUUACUUAUAUCCGCUACAUCCAGCAGGGCCUGGUGAGACACGAAGCGGAGCAGAUGUUCUGGGAGGUGAUGCGACUCCGCAGAGAGAUGACUGUGGCCAAGUUAGGUUUCUACCUCGCCGACCAGGGCUAGAGGACCUGACAGUCCACCGAAAACACAAGGACAAUUAUUCAAGGUCCUAGUCGGGGUUAAACUGUGGUAACAAACUGGUCUUGGAUCAGUUUUAAUAGCAGAGAUUGUACAGCAUUUUAGUGCUGCAGCUGAGGUCAAUCAACAAGGGAAGUAGAAGCUGUUCUUGUGCCACUUUUAUGCAAUAAGUCAGAGAAUUAAACCAGCACCGCUAGAAAGAAUUAAAAAUAACAUAUUGUACUGCAGGCCUCCAGUAAUUCUCUCCACUGGUGAGGAGAGUUAGUUUUGUUUUCUGAACCUCCCCGGUGGAGCACACGCAACUUCUCACGUUAAUACAGUAGAUUGUAUGUGUCAUGUUUCAGGCAUUAGUCUGUCGAAAAGAGCACAAAGCAGGAUGAGUGCAGUUUAGAGAGUUCAGUUGGUCUCUUACCUCAUGUAUUACAUACGUGUAUAACUAUGUAAUAUAGAAGUUCUGUUGUGAGAUUGACAAUAUUCAUGUCAGCAGAGCGAUUAUUGGAGUUGUCUCCUUUUAUUUUUACAUUUAAAUAUAAUGCUCACUAGCACGUCAUUGUUACUCCCAUUUAUCGGCUCAGACACCACAACCACAAAAGACUCCUGCAUAAAAACACAAACAGCUUCAUGUCACCCAGGCCUGUACUUAAUAACCAGACAUAUUGUUAAUAAUGAAUGAAUUAAGACACAUCCACGCACAACAUAGUGACAGUAACAUAGUCAGAACAUGAACAAGCUUUAAUACAAGUGAUUUCAGUAUGCACAACUGUAGUUUUGCACGUCUGCAACGAACAGUAUGUACACACAGUAAAAGCCAUAAAUGACUUUGCAUGAAUGCAGUAUGUAGCCAUAUUAUGCAGUGUAUAUUGGUUGUACCUCAUAGUAUAGAUUUAUUCUUAUUAUUAUUAAUGGCCAAUUUUUGAAGAAAGCGGUCUCAUGAAGGUAAAAAUGAAGAAUAUUGUGUCAGAAAGUGCAAUAACUGCUUCUUAGCCUUCAUUAGGGCUUUGAGGUUCCUAACCUCAGUGUACUGAUAAUGUGUCUUCCAGUGUAAACACUCCAUUAAAGACGAGGCAUUGUAGCCCGAUUACA